AUGACUAAGGAGGCUGAUUACGACAUUCGCUCACAGUCGGCGCAGUUUCAGCGGCAAAGGGCGUGUAUCCCCUGCACUCAAGCAAAGCGACGCUGCGACAAGAGCCAGCCCUUUUGCCAGCGAUGCCUAAGUAAGCAAAUCAAAUGCCACUAUUCUUCGCGUCGUCUCUAUGCGCGCCGCAGAGGUGAUGCGUCUUCCAGUGCAGAAUCUACAGCUACAGCGUCGGAGCCUUCGCUAGUCUCGACAACAUCGCUGCUAUUCACCGAUGCCGGGAGUGAGGAUGGGAACAUAGAUGAGAAUCAGAACGGGAAUGAAAGCACUUGUCUGGAUGGCUUCGAUGUGGAUAAUCGCCAACUGUUUACUCGCCCUUGGUUUCUGAGGGCCGAAUUCUGGAUCAUCCACCAUCAAAACUUGCAUACGCCGCCCUUGAUCCGCGGUUCUGCUGUCCAGCAGUACAUUCGCUGCAUCAAGAAAUGGCUUCGGCAGUGGAUUGACUGCAACCAGUGCCCCCUCAUACACGCAUCCCUCUUUGUCGACACGGGAAUGCCACCAUGUCUUCAAGACGCAUAUGCUGCCAUCGCAGUCUAUGGCAACAAGAACGAACAAAACGAACAUGUAGUGAUGCAGCACAUCCAACACAAAGCUGAUGCGCUCUUGGCGGCGAAUUCCGAAAACAAAGAUCCGCUGGUUGACAUGUUUGUCUCCCCAACGCCGCUUUCUACCGGCCAACACCUGGCUAGAGUCUUGGCCUUGUUCAUCUAUCAGUUCAUCCGCCUCUUCGACGGCAACAUUCGCCAGCGAGCUUUGGCUGAGAAGGAGAUGCCUGUGCUGGAAGCAUGGACGGCACAGCUUUGGGAAUCAGUAAGCCUCGAUGUCACUCUACACAACACGUUCGGUGGAGAGUUCCUGGCCGUUGAAGACAAGAUAAACAUGGCCAAUCACUUGUGGCGCAACUGGAUCUUGAUGGAGAAUGUGCGCCGUGUCUGGAUGGUGGUCACCUACACUCAGUGCAUCUAUCUCCUCACCCGCGAUGGGACUGUUAGCUGUACCGGAACCAUUGAUUUCACGGCGCGAUGUGGUCUCUGGGACGCCACUUCUGCGGCGACCUGGAUGCGCAUGUUGGAGCAGAAAGAUCCCUUGCCUGUGGUGCCUCAUGAUUCAGAUUGGCUGCGUGAAGCAACGUCGAUCAAGGAUAUCGACAAGUUUAGUCUUGUAAGCCUGUGUUUGGGGCUGGAUUCGGACAAGAUGGAUGCUUGGAUUGCGAACACGACGAAUAUGCGUCUCGAGGCGUUGAUGGAUGCGUAUUCAUGA